AUGCAGGCGAAAAGGCAGCGGGAAAUCUGGCAUUUGCUGAAAAUUGCUUGCACCCAAAGUUCUGCCAAAUCUCCUGUUAGUUCCAACGUGGAUGGCACAAUUACAUCCUCGGUGCCUGCAUUGCUCUCGCAGACAUCACCAGGAUGUGCGCUUCAACCUCUUUCUUCUAUGGAAACAUCUAGGAAUGUGCCACCAUUUGCACAUUUGAUAGAAGAAAAUCUAAGCUACCUUGACAAUUUUAGCACUAUUAUACAAGAAGCAAAACGUGACCAGAGUAACAGCAUGAUGAGUCUCGAUUUGAAUUGGCUAAAUUAG